AAAAUCACGUGAUUUUUACAGUUUAGCACGUGACAGCCCACAUUUUCAUGGAGGAUCAUGACUACGCAAAGGUGAUUAUAGGCGAGUAUCCAUAUGAGGAUCCCAACAAGCCAGUCCGUCAGUAUGAAGGCCCCACCGAUCCAUCACUCCCUCCUCACCUCUUAACACCCGUUUUGCAAUCAUUUGCACCAACAACACAGCUUGUAAUCAAGGAAUCAGUUGGACUAGGACAGAAUGCGCAUGCGCAAUCUACAGCAGCCCUGUUGCAACAGAAGCUAUCCCUAACCCAGCUGCUGCAAAAUGCUCAGCAACACAAGCUUGUUUUAUUUAAUCAGACAAGAUCCGACCAAUCUGCCAAUCAACCACAGACCAAGAAAGCAAAACAGACCGAUCAGAGCAGUGCUAGUGGCUCGACGUCGGCACAACUUCCAAUUGCUUUGUUUUCUCAGCCUCCAGUUGGUAUUCCUCUAUCGCAUCUUAUACCAAUUCCUGCAAACAUGGCACAGCAACUGAUUGCAUCCGGCCGAGUGCAGCUUCAGGGGCCGACGGGACCAGUGACUGUACAAGCAUUAAAAGUUGGGACUUCUGUAGAGAAAGGAGAGACGCAAGAGAAGAAAGACACGGUCAAGAGUGAAAAAGAGAGUAGUGAGGAGAACAAGAGUAAAACAGAUGAGAAAAAUGUUGCCAACAGAAGCGAAGAGAAUGAGAACCAUCCGACUUCAGGUGGUAGAUCAACACGCAGCUCAUACAAAAUUCCAAAGAAAUCUGGUAGUGAGAAAAAGCGUGUGAUUAGUGAUUCCGUGUCAGCCAGACUGUGCCUCUGUAGUGGCUGCAACAAUCCUGCUAAACGUAACGACGAGAGAGGCCCCGAUUUCUGCAGUAACGAGUGUGUAGUGAAGCACUGCAAGAUGGUAUUUAAAGGGUGGGUCGCACAGCAACGACUGAAGGCAACGUAACUCUGUCGAUAGUAGGAAACAUAGAUUAGACGCAUCACGUUGUUUGUACAUAUUAUCACUAAUUUUGAACAAAGACCGUAACAUAUCAGCAUC